CCGAGGCCCAGGGGCGCGCACACUGCCCGCGCCGGAGUAUCGGCGGCCCAGGUUGCGCGACCUCCAUCAUUCGGGUCGGUGUGGCCAAGUGGGAGUCGUCACAGAGAGGCAGACUUCAACGAAAGCCCUGUUGCCGUCGCCCUGCGACGCCCGGCCGGGAGGCGAUGAAGAAGGCGCCGACAAACGGCCAGCCGGCGGAGGCGGGCAAGCCUUUGGAGCAGAUGCAGCAGGUAGCGGAGAUAGAGCGGACGCGGGGCGCCCCGGC